AUGCAGAAUCGGACUGAGCAUUUUGUCAAUGUAACUUCCCCAAAUAGCUUCUCCGUGAUUAUCAAGGUGUGCGUGGUCAUCCCAUUGUUCUGCAUCUUCCUGUGCUGCAUUGCUGUCAUGCUGCAGAUCUUUGCCUCUCACAGGCAGUUUUUAGACACUUCACGUUAUGUCCUGUUUGCUCACAUGCUGAUCAAUGACACCCUGCAGAUUCUGUCCUCUGUGCUGCUCUUCCUCUGUGUGAUGGGUCAGGUGAAGUUUCCUCUUCUGUUCUGUGUCCCUCUGCUCUUUGUGUCUACUGGCACCUUUCAGAACACCACAUUUAUCCUGGCUGCAAUGUCUCUGGAGCGUUAUGUUGCCAUUUUCUAUCCCCUGCAUCGCCCGGCCUACUGGCACUCAGACCGUAUCUGGAUCAUUAUUCUGCCUCUGUGGUUGAUUAGCUUCAUGCUCCCCAUCAUUGAAUUUUUCAUUGGGAAACAAAAUCCCACAGUAGAUGUCCUCUCUUCCAAUAUGCUUUGCAAAGCAACUAUUAUUAACUCGUCCAAGAGUCAGGGCAUGUACCGGUUUGCUGUGAAUGUGCUUUUCUUUGCAGUGGUAGGUGUUAUCAUCCUCUUCACCUAUGUGAGGAUUUUGCUGGAAACCAGAAAGCUGCAGCAGAACAGAGCAUCAGUGAGCAAAGCAAUGAACACCGUGCUGCUGCAUGGCUUCCAGCUGCUGCUGUGCAUGCUUGCAUUCACUCACCCCAUCUCUGAAACUCUCACUGUGCUGAACACAAAUUGGCUGGCUGAGGACAUCGCCUUUUUUAAUUACUUCUGCUUCAUCCUGAUGCCUCGUUUUCUCAGCCCACUCAUUUACGGCUUCAGGGAUCAGAGUCUGAGGAAGCACAUUGGGAAAAGGUUCCUCUGCUGUUCAAAAGAAGACAAAUCCCUUUUAAAAUACCGAUUCAGAUUUCAAUCAAGUAUGAACUGUCUUUUGUGCAGGUCCUAA